AUGAAGCUCUCCAUGAUCGCUACCACCUUUCUCAUGACCAUUACUCCGGCUCUUUCGUUUGCCGUGCCCAACCCUCAAGUCCUCCCUAAUCUCGCUCUGCCGCUUGAUUCCGCCCUUGGGUCGAAAACCCCUGCGGUCCCGAUUCUGCAGGACAUCACUGCGCCAAAUUCUAAUGCGUCUGUCCCCGCUGCUUUUGCUCUGUCGACCGCCCAUGCUGCACGAAGGGGCAAACGUGCAGAAAAACCCUGUUAUCGCCGCUCGCCCGUUGCUCUCGGAGGUUCCUAUAGGGUUAAUGUGGAUAUCACAGAGUCAUCCGACGUAAACUUUAGUUUUUGUCAGGGUAGGAAGGCACUGUGGAUGUGGCGUGGAGCCUUCCCAACGUCACAAGCACACCUGCAUAUCCUUUCCAUGUUCGGUACUCUGAUAUGA